GGCAGCAACAUGUCCACUCCAGACAACCAGUCGUAUCUGGCCGCUGGCAUCAACAGGCUAUCGCCCUGGGGUCCUCGUAGCCCCGUCACCAAGCCACAAGACGCUUCCGAGCAGGCUUCGGGUGACAUUGGCCUCAGACAGCAGCGAGGAGGGGACCACAAAGUCAGCCACAGACAUCGCCUUAGUCUGAAGCGUUACCCGCGAGACUGCCCACCUCUUCGUGUUCAAUGGUUCUUUGCCGUCGAUGUGCCCAAACGCAAACCUGUCUACUCCGACAAGCCCCUGGGCAAAGUCGAAGGUGUCGAAGCACCCAAGGUCGUUCCCAAGAAAUACGCUCCAUUCUCUCAGAAAGACUCGCGCGCCAUCGAAAGGGCAUUUCAUAGGAUCUCAAAAGAGGAUGACGCUGCUGAACGCAGGGAGUUGGAGAACUUGGAUGAUAUCACAGUCACAAAACAUCCUGGACUUGACUCCCACCACAAAUCUGCCAAGGUUCCUGUCAACGAGGACUACCUUUUUGAUGUCGAUGUCUUGAACAGAGAACUGGCUCCUGCAUACUGGCUAGGUCCGGUAUAUGAGGUUCGCCGUGGUACUUGGUUCUAUCAAGAGGGCACUGUCCAGAAGCCUUGCGAUGAGAACCUGGCUGCUCAGCUGGAGGAACAAUAUCUUAGAGCUACCCCCUGGGAAUGGAAGAAACAGGAGCCCACCCCUACCAGAUCGGCUUCACAGUCUCGCUCUGCCACCUCAUCUCCACUAGCUUCCAAAGGAUCACUUCCUAAUCUCCGGGACCAGAACACUAAAGAUGCCGAAGACGCGCAGGCCGCUCAUCGUGUUCAGACAUAUCGUCUGUUCGGACCACAUUCAAACUCUGUCGUGACGUAUCAAGAUACAACAACUGCGUGGAUACUCACAGACGAUUUCAUCAGCAGAAUGAGCAGUGGUGUCUACAGGCGUUUUGCCGGAGGUGCCCAUUACGCCGGUAUCAAGGUCACUCGUGGCUAUGUCUUCCAAGCCAAGAAGCCUGAUGAGAAAGAUUCCAAGACGGAUGCGGACCCGAAGUCUGCCACUGUAGACGUCUCUUCGCAAGAACCUGGAAAGGGUAAAGCACUCGUACCUGCGGAAGGAAGCAAAUCGGACAGUCUCCAUGCAGAGGUUGCAAGUCCUGAAUCCGAGAAACACCGCCUGACCUUGGAGCAGCAGAUGAGUUCCCUUGUGAAUGCUGGUCAGGAAGAUCCUCAGAAGCAGGAGGAAGAGGUUCGAAAACGUGAUGAGAAGGAGAUCCAAGACGACUAUCGUGACAGAGAAGGCGAGCAACAAGAUCGAGAAAUAGAACAUCUUCUGCUGGUCACCCAUGGCAUAGGUCAGCGUCUAGGCUUACGCAUGGAGUCGGUCAACUUUGUGGGAGACGUGAACACCCUUCGAAAAACCCUCAAGGCUGUUUACAGCGAGAGUGCUGACUUGCAGGCACUGAAUUCAGAGGUCAACGCACUUCCUAAGAAUUGCCGGAUCCAGGUACUGCCUAUCAACUGGAGGCACAAGCUGGACUUCCCUAACCGCGCUCUCAAGCAUAACCGAAAGGAACACGAUCUCGCAUUCGGUGGAUUUGGCGAAGAGGAGGACUACCCCAACCUGGAUAACAUCUCCGUUGAAGGUGUACCAGCCGUGAGAAAUCUGAUCACCGAUCUAGCUUUGGACAUUCUCCUCUACCAAAGCCCGGCAUACAAAGACGCCAUUGCGUCUAUCGUGCUUGAGGAGUGCAACAGGAUCUACAAGUUGUUCUGCGAACGCAACCCUUCAUUCAAAGGAAAAGUCAGCUUGGUCGGCCACUCGCUAGGAUCAGCUAUCAUGUUCGACAUUCUGUGUCUCCAGGAGAGACAAGAAUCGCAGCAAAAGCUUUCUGGUAAAGCUGCGCGAAACCCGAUGAAGCUGGACUUUGAAGUCGAAGAUUUUUACGCUCUUGGAUCGCCAAUCGGCCUGUUCCAGAUGCUAAAGGGCCGCACCAUCUCUGCCAGAGAUACUGGCCAAGGACACCAGAGAUCUAUGGAUUCCAAAGCAGCCGCCUUCCUUGGCUCGACGUCGUCUAGCUCUGACAACUUGACAGGCAUGGGCACUCAAAACUCUGACUUGCCUGUUUCCUCACCAAAAUGUCGGCAGGUCUUCAACAUCUUCCAUCCUACUGAUCCUAUUAGCUAUCGCAUCGAACCUCUGAUCUCCCCUGCAAUGUCGUCUCUCAAGCCACAGCCGCUACCCUACACCAAACGAGGUAUCUUCAGCACUGCGACUGGCCAAGGUCUCACAGGUAUUGGUGCGCGUGUAGGUCAGAGUGUUUCUGGUCUCUGGUCGAGUUUCAGCUCUGGCAUAGCAAGCAGUCUACUCAACCGUAGUCUCGGAUUCACGGCUGAGGAUGCAGGAAAACUGGGAGGACCAGCAGGCAGCAGUCAAUCUCGCACACCACUCUCUCUUGGUGCCGGAACGAACGUAGCUGGAGGCACAGUUCCUAUUGCACCAGCCACAAACACUGAAAUUGACAAAGUGGAGGGGGACCCGACAGAUAAGUUGGUCGGUGACGCGCAGAGAGCCGAAGAAGCUGGCGAACGCCCUCCAACUCUCAUCGACGCUGAAUUGGAGACGCUAUAUGCUGGAUUCCAGAACACACGAAAGAGUGCACAGAUCGAUGUGGAUCACGAGAUGGCCGAGAGCGAAAGGGCAGAAGCGGAAGAACGUGGGCGCAAGCUGAAGAAGGAGGAAGCCAAGGUUCGAGCAUUAAACUCGAACGGAAGAGNNGGUGCCUUCGACAUUUCCCUGAUUGCAGCAGUGGCUUCGCAUCUUUCCUACUGGGCGGAUGAGGAUGUGAAUCACUUCAUGAUUUCGCAGCUUCUGUCCAGACAGAGAACGGUACGAAAGUCAGGCAGCGAUCCCAACAUGAAGGGUUGA